UGCCAGGGGGCCCCCGUGAGGUGAAGGGAACAGUUUCCUAAGGUUUUCGCUCUGGGUGCCCAAUAGUUUGGAAAACUGUCCCUGUGGGAUGAGGGAGUGGCUGUAGGAGGAGGCGGCUUCAGGGGUUGGGGCAAAGGCAGACCAGGGCUCCAAGCAUUUGACCGAUGUGCCUCCCUCUCCAGCAUGAACCUUGUCACUUCUGCACCAAUGGGCUACCAGGGACAGCGACCUUGCAUUUCACUGAAGAGAGAUCUAGAUGACAAGGAAGCUCUGGUUCCUGAACAUAAACAAAAAGAAAAGGGAAAUUUUCGUCAGUCCUCUGCUAUUUUUAAUGUUGUCAACUCAAUCAUAGGAUCAGGAAUAAUAGGGUUACCUUAUUCAAUGCAGCAAGCUGGUCUUCCUUUAGGGAUACUGCUUUUAUUGUGGGUCUCUUAUGUGACAGACUUUUCCCUUGUUUUAUUGAUAAAAGGAGGAGCCCUUUCUGGAACAGAUAGCUAUCAGUCUUUGGUUCAUAAAACAUUUGGCUUUUCAGGGUAUCUACUCCUCUCAUCUCUACAAUUUUUAUAUCCUUUCAUUGCUAUGAUUAGCUAUAACAUAAUAACAGGAGACACUCUAAGCAAAGUUUUUCAAAGAAUUCCUGGAGUUGAUGCUGGUAACUUUUUCAUCAGCCGACAAUUCAUUAUCGGGCUCUCCACACUUGCCUUUUCCCUUCCUUUAUGCUUGCACCGGGACAUAGCAAAGCUGGGAAAGGCAUCCCUUAUUUCUGCAGUUUUAACUGCAGUGAUCCUGACAUUUGUAAUCAUUAGAGUAUUCACCCUCGGUCCAUACAUAUCAAGAACAGAAGAUGCCUGGGUUUUUGCAAAACACAAUGCAAUUCAAGCAAUCGGCAUUAUGUCAUUUGCAUUCAUCUGCCACCAUAACAGCUUCUUAGUUUAUAGUUCCCUGGAGGAACCCACAGUGGCUAAAUGGUCUCAUGUCAUUCAUGUGUCAAUGGUGAUUUCUGUAUUUAUCAGUGUGCUAUUUGCGACUUCUGGUUACUUGACAUUUACUGGCCACACACAAGGAGAUUUGUUUGAAAAUUAUUGCAGAAAUGAUGACCUAAUUAACUUUGGUCGAUUUUGUUAUGGAAUCACUGUCAUUUUGACUUAUCCAAUUGAAUGUUUUGUGACCAGAGAGGUAAUUGCCAAUGUUUUCUUUGGUGGGAAUCUUUCAAAAAUUUCCCAUGUUAUGGUGACAACACUCAUCAUUAUUAUGGCCACACUAGUGUCACUGCUGGUUGAUUGCCUUGGGAUCGUUCUGGAGUUCAAUGGUGUCCUCUGUGCAGCUCCACUUGUUUUUAUUAUCCCCUCGGCUUGUUAUCUGAAGCUCUCUGAAGAAAGAUGGAUCCACCCAGAUAAAAUUAUGUCCAGCGUGAUGCUUCUUAAUGGUGUGGUUGUGAUGGUAGUUGGAUUCAUCAUGGCAGUUCUGCAUCCCCAAGAUUGCAGCCAUGGACAGGAAAUGCCCUAUUGCUUUUCUACAAAUUCCUCUUUCUUCAAUACCUCAUCUUCUCAUCAAACAACACAACCUCCUGUUUUGAAUAUCAGUAUUUUCUAGUGAUUUAGUUGCUAAUAAAAAUGUGAUAAUGUUAUAUUUUUAUGUGACGUAUAAAUUUUGAGUUGUGUAAUUGUAUUCUGCUCUGUUCUUUCUUACUCUUAUUUUAGGAGAUACCUUUGAUACCCCAGCCUUUAUUCAAAUUUCAUUUUCUUUUCUAUUAUGAGACCAUGCCAGUAAUUUGAAGAAGAAAACUUGAUUUUUUUUAUAGUAGGUCACAAGUCUUAGAAUGAUUAUUAAAGAUAGAAUAAGAACAAGACUUUAAAAUCUACUAACUCCUCUCAAAUUAUAUUUUCCUCCACCUAAUAUGUGAGCUAAUACAAUGCUCUCUGAAAUGGAAUGGAAUGUAAGAUUGCAAUUCUUUACAUCAUCAUUUAAAAUUUUCAAGAUCUAGUCUUUAGAAGGAAAGGAAAAAAAAAGCAAAGGCCAACAAAGAUAUAUCUACAUUGAAAGUAGAUAAGAUGGAAAUACCCACUAUUACACCUCCUUUUCAGUAAACUGAUAAAAUAAACUAACUACCUGUUCUAUUUUGUGUCUUUCUAGAACAUGAAUAUCUUUUCUGCCAGACCUCUCUUCUUCCUAACUUUCUUAUGACUGUUAAGGUUUCCAUUAUCCUCCUUGUCACCCAAAUUUGAAAGCUGGAGUUCAUUCUCCUUCAUUCCUCACAUUUGUCCCCUGUCUGAUCUGUUCUAAUGAACCGUCAAUUUUACUUUUUGUAACAUGUUUGAUCUGUUCUUUUCUAUAACACACUUGUCUCAUACAGGUCCUUAGGCCUGAAUUACUGCAAUAGCCUUCUGUUUUGUUAGUCUUGCCUCGUCUUUUCCCUGUAAUCCAUCCUCUACUCACCUAUUAAAGUGACUUUCCCAAAG